UCUGCUAUCAAACCGGCCCAUCUCAUCUUCAACAACGCCUUUCCCGCUCCGACAACAAGGCGUCCCGGCCAGCACAAUACAGACAUCAUGGAUGUCCACCGCUGCCGAUUUGUGCCGUAUCAGCCAUCGGCCAUCAACGCCGUCGCCUUCUCCCACCCCAAGGCAAAGUCGGGCAAGCACGCUGCUCUCGCACGCUUGGCCGUCGGCAGAGCCAAUGGCGACAUUGAGAUCUGGAAUGCCAUCACAGGCACUUGGUUGCAGGAGCUAGUUAUUCACGGAGGACGAGACCGCAGCAUUGAUGGCCUUGUCUGGGUAAACGAGCCCGAUCAAGACCUCGGCGAUGGACGCAUCGUCAUGGGCAAGUCUCGACUCUUCAGCAUCGGAUACACAUCAACCGUCACAGAAUGGGAUCUGGAAACAGGAAAACCGAAAAGACACGCCAGCGGCCAGCACGGCGAUAUCUGGUGCAUCGCUGCCCAGCCUCUGCCGCGAAACGAGGCCGCUGAUGGCCAGGGCGUGAACAAGCUCAUUGCUGGAACGAUCGAUGGCGAACUAGUCAUGUAUACCCUCGAGGACGACGACCUCCGCUUCCAGCGUGUGCUCGUCAAGUCCCCCACGAAAAAGUCCCAGAUGGUCAGCAUUGCCUUCCAGUCGCGCAAGGUUGUCAUUGUUGGCUGCUCGGAUAGCACCAUUCGCGCCUAUGACAUGACCAAGGGACACUUGCUUCGUAGAAUGACGCUCGGCUCCGACCUUGUCGGUGGCUCCAAGGACAUUAUUGUCUGGUCUGUCAAGUGCCUUCCCAACGGCAACAUUGUCUCGGCCGACUCCACGGGCCAGGUCUGCAUCUGGGACGGUACAACCUACACCCAAGCCCAGCGCAUCCAGGGUCACAAGCAAGACGUUCUAAGCUUGGCUGUAAGCGCUGAUGGAAGCACAAUCAUGAGUGGCGGCAUGGACCGCAAGACAGCUCUCUAUAAGCAAAACACCGGCGCCGGUCAGCGUUGGACCAAGGUCUGGGCCCGUCGAUACCAUAACCACGAUGUCAAGGCCAUGGCAUCAUUUGAGCACGGCCGCACAAGCGUCGUUGUCUCUGGAGGUCCCGACGCUACGCUAAUCGCCGUACCUCUCAAGGAAAUGGGCCGUGAAAACCAUCGUGUUGUUGGAAACCUGCCCCAAACCCCUCCAGUUCUAAGCGCCUCAAAAGCUCGUUUUGUCGUUAGCUGGUGGAACCGCGAAGUUCAUGUGUGGUCUCUCCGACAGACAGCAUCUGACUUGCUCGAUACCGAAGACGUCUCUGUCAACCAAAAUCGCAAGCUUCUCAAGACAAUCGUUGUAAAGGGUGACUCCAACAUCGCCUCUGCAACGAUCAACAAUGAGGGAACGGUCCUUAUCAUCGCUACAUCCACUGAUGUGAAAGCAUUCGCAUUGAGCCACAACGAACCCGAGCGACCAGCAGACGUCGAUGUGUCUUCUCUGCCGCUACCAUCGUCACUAACAGAGUCCGGUGCUACCAGAAUUCAACUCUCGCCAGAUGGCAAGUGGCUGUCUAUGGUGCAGAAUGGCACCCGUGUUGUUCUCGCCGAGCUUGAUCUCACCAACGAGGACUCCAUUGUCAUUUCAUCACAAAAGCUUGGUCGACUUACACGGAAAAUCCCCCGCUACAUCUUGAACGGCGGUCUAGGCUCAUACGAGCGCAAUAUUACACAUCUUGCGUUUGCACCGGACUCUGCCAUGCUGGCCGUUGCUGACUUGGCUGGGUACAUGGACACAUGGAUCUUGGGCUCUACCGCUCGCCCGAGCACAAAUGGCGAUGGCCCCGAGGACGCGUCAUCAGACGACAGCGACUCGGAAGAUGAACAGAAUGGAAACGCCAAGAACAGCAGUCAGUGGAUCAGGAAUCCCAAAGCUAAGCUCUUGCCCAAGUUGCCAGCCACUCCCGUUGCGCUGUCAUUCUCAGAGGAGAUAUCCAAGACAGAGGGCUCCGAAGACGACUAUACCCUCGUAGCUGUAACAUCUGCAUGGAACAUCCUUGCAUUCCACCCUCUCGAGGGAUCACUUACACCCUGGUCCAGACGCCAUCCAGGCAAGGCUCUUCCCGCUCCCGUUCAAGACCUUCUCGAUCUCGCCAAAGGCAUUAUCUGGCAAGGAUCACGCUUAUGGAUUUACGGGGUCUCGUUCCUUUUUAUGCUUGACAUGAGUCAAGACCUGCCCUUCGCAUCUGCAGACAAGGAUGGUGCCAAUGGUCAACAGCUCCAACUCGGAAAGAGAAAGCGAACCGGCCAUACCAGUGGUGCCGGUGGGCGCAUGGAGCACGAGGGGCUCAAGCCUCAGCAAAUUUUCAAGCACACCGAUGAUAAAUGGCAGAAUUUGGACGUUGACCGCCACGUCUCAGACAAUGAUGAGGACGGCAGCGACGACGACAUGCCCGAUGCCGAGGAUGGCGAGCUGACGAAGCUUCGCAACAACGCAGCCGAUAAAGCCAAACAAGUCACCGUGGAGGACAGCUCGGAGGGUGGCCGCAAGAAGUGGUGGAUCACUUACAAGUAUCGACCGGUGCUUGGAGUCGUCCCCCUGCAGACCAAGGGCGACAAUUUGGAAGUAGCCCUAGUGGAGCGACCUAUGUGGGAUGUCGAGACCAAGGAGAGCUACUUUGCUGGCGAGGCCUGGCAGAGAAAGUAGAUGAUAAUGAAGGGCGGUCUUGCGGCUGAUGGAGACACCUCAUCACCGCAGGUCCUUUUCACAUGGUUGUCGGCGUUUGCUGGUUUGUAAAUCAUAUUUGUCAUGUGUAUAGAUGACGUUUGCGCAUUUGGAAAAAGUGAGGUUUGAUAUGGGCACAGAAUCCCUGAUGUCUAGUAUAUAGAAGCAUCAAUCGAUACAACAUCCUUUAAAUUUUACCACUGGCUUCUAUACGUGAUACAUGGGCUACAUUCUUACUGGCUCAUUACUUUAAAUUAGCAAGAUAUUCCUGAGUGUUUGAGAACACUGUUUACAUGUCUUACGGCGGAAGUCUCGGUGAAUACGUAAGCUCGUGCCGAUUCUAAACGCACCUCACACGGUAUGCGCAGCUCGUAUUGCGCGGACAGCAGUGCCAUAAUUCAUACUGUCACAUAUGAUCCCCUUAUAUAAAGACAAUUGGCGAGCUCGCACAAUCCCGCGGCGCUGUAAGCAUGUGGCGAGUCGACGGCUGACUCGCCGACACCCGGCAUAAACCGGUCCUCGUGAAUGUAUACUACCCAUUACGCGGCACAAAGAGCCUCUUGCAAGACAUGAAGACUGUAUUAGACGAGCUUUGAUGUCCCAAGCAGCCUGUUACAAGGGCAUCCAACCCUAGAUACGAGCGAUCCGCUAUAUCCCAGAGUCAAGACUCACGGGUUAUUAGCUCCAAGGAUCGCAGCUCAGCGCUCCUAUUUGUACUAUUUGGCCACAUUAUACGGGAUCACGCAGAUUACAUUACUGUAGGCAAAUUAAAACACAGCCUUUGGAUCACCAGUGCCCAGAUGACGCGGCUCAAUGAAAGGCUCGGCCAGGUGGAGAUGGCAGGCAGGCUCUGCCCCGUAGAACCCGACAAAUUACAAGACAGCUCAGAGCAUUAGUGAUGGAGCUGGCGAAAUAAGCUCUCCAUUGAGAAAUAAGAGUACGCUGCGUGGUGCGAGUCGUGUUCCCACCCUUUGGCGACUUGAGCUUAAAGCAGUGCAUUAGCAAGAUCCGAGGCAUGGGACGCUCUGAUCCGAGGGAGUCGGGGUCAGGGGACGCAGCAUUUCGUCAGAUGAGAUUGCAGAUGGCGCGUCCUUUUUCCUAACAGGGUGGUGGUGGGAAUCGGAAUGUUUGAGGCACAGCGGGAUUGAAGCUGGUAUAUGUAGCAUCGCGAUGCGCAAAACGGAGAUUUGGUAGUAGGGCCGGCUGAUUACGUAGGCCACCAACACCAAGUUAUGCGCGAGGGCAUCGGGUUUGGGGAACCCCGGGGCAGGUUUCCGAUGAUUUGCAUUAAAUUGAAAAUUUCUGCGACCAAUCGUAUUCGCGGCCAUGGAGGCGAUCUGGUUCGGUAAAAGAAGAUGAAAGCAAAACGUGCGAUGGAGAGUAGCAGCGAGUUAUUAGCCGGGACAAGAGGUUAUCAGGAAGACUGCGAAAUCCGAUAGGACACGCAAGAUGGAUGGAACUGAAGUUGGAUGCCUGGUGUGUCUCUGCAUUUGCAUACUGUAGGAUAAUUUAGAUUUCAGAUUUCGGUAAAAUAGAAAAUAAAUAAAAAUUAAAAUUAAAAUGGCAAAACCAAAUGUGUACUGUCUCAGUAUCACUCACCACCGCCUAUAUCAUUAUGCCGCGAUGUCAGUUCACUUGAGCCGACAACUACCACAUAAGCCAGGAACGCAGCGGUAGUCAAGGCAAAAUAGCCGCAGUGUUGCCCUUCAAGUUACGACGCCACACUUUGCCUCAAAGCUUAAGGGUAUUUUACAGCGAAUGGCAAAGCGUAAGAUGAUGAUGACUACGCAGAACGAGGUUAAACAGAGCGGUCGGUGGCUGAGACGAUGGAGCAUAGCCAGAUUUGCACCGGUCACGCCGC